AGUAGAAUAGGCUAGCCCAUGUUCUUCCCCCUUACUGGAAUCUGAGCAGGAAGGCAGCUCGUGGGGUCCUUCCCGCUGCUCUGCAGUGGGCGGGUUUGUUGUUAACUGAGCUCGGAGCGUGACCCAGCUCUUCCCUGUCUGUAGUCUUCUCUGGUAGGAGGAUUGAAUCCAAGGAGGCGGAAGAUAGCUUUUGUAGACUCACUAAAACAACAGUGUUGGAUGUUGAUGAACCAACAUGCUGGGCAGAAGACCCAGGAAAAGUCCUCAGGUGAAGGGUCAAGCAGCUGCAGCAGCAAAGCAGCUGGGACUUUUUGUAGACCUCAAUCCUGAAGAGAUGAUGCUAGAUAUGGAGGAUGAUGCAGACCUAGAAGCAGAGCUGGCUGCUAUCACUGGAGAGAAAAUGUCUGCUGGGAAAACAAAACCUAAAGGAAAAUCUCCUCUGCCUAUGGAUCAUAUUGAAAAGAUGGCUGCAGAGUGCAUGAAGGAUCUGAAUGAGGAAGAUGACGAUGGUCUGGAGGAAGAUCCUGAUCUUCUGGCGGAGUUGCAGGAGGUCCUUGGAGAUGAAGAUGGAGGAGAAAGCAGUGAUCAUGAGAAAGAAAUAAUGGAGGUGUUGCCUGAAGCCACAGAGCAGGAUGCUGAAAAACAGACACAGAUGUCUUCUGUUUGCAGUGGACUGCAAAAAACAAUAGAAGAAAGAAUAUCAAACUAUAAGGCAGCAAUACUGAAUGCCAAGGAGGCAGGCGAGGGUGCCAAAGUACGGCGAUAUGAGCGGGGCCUCAAGACUCUGGAAACCAUGCUAGCUGCAGUGAAGAAAGGCAAGAAAGUGAAUGAGGAAGAAAUGCCACCUCCUGUAGCAUCAGGGAAGAAUCCUGCAGCCACAACACAAACCAUGAAUGACUUGUCUGGGAACUCAGUUGAUCAAGACCAAGGAACAGUACCGGAGGUGGAAGAGAACAACAAAGGCUCAUCUACAGAAUGUGAAUUAAAGGACCCCUGUGAUACUGAGCAGCCUGAAAGUGCUACUGCUCUCCAGGGCCAGGAUACGGACACGGGUGUUUUGGAAGCAAGUACUGCUUUUGAAGCCAAUUCUGAUAACUCUGGUACACGGGCAUUGCUUGUGACAAGAGAGAAGGAGUAUAAAUUAGCAGCCCUGAAAGCCAAACAGGAAGGUAAUCUUGAGAAGGCAAAAGAAUACAUGAGGACUGGAAAGAAGUUCAGCAUGGUUCUAGAAGCACUGGAUAGUGGGCAACCAAUAGACCUCAGGGAUAUGCCUCCAGCACCACACGACCUUGAGAGGUCACAAAGGAUGCAGCAUCCACCAAAACAGACACCACCAUCUGUACCUGUGGAAAUUUCCCAACCUCUAACCACACAAGAUACUCAAGGUUCUCUGCAGCAGCCAAAAACAAUGCUAGAAGCUUUGCAACAGAGGCUGGAGAAAUACAAAGCAGCAGCAGCUCAAGCCAAAGCGAGUGGAGAUGAUCGGAAAAGCAGGAUGCAUGAGAGGAUAGCCAAGCAAUACCAAGAUGCCAUAAGAGCUCAUAAAGCAGGAAGGAAAGUGAAUUUUGCUGAACUACCAGUUCCUCCUGGAUUCCCUCCGCUUCCUGGAAUAGCUCCUACAGGUGGUGACACUACAGUUGCUUCAGUACUGGAAAGUGCAAGCAGACUGGUUAAGAUGGAGGAGGAGGAGGAUGACAAAGAGGAGGAGGAAGAUGAGGGGGAGGGUGAGUCUUCCAUGCAGGCUCCGGCUGCCAAGAAGCCUACUCAGUUGCCUAAGAAAACAGUGCAGGUUGUUCAGCCACUAGUGGUGCCAUCUGCUGUGAUCCAGGAAGAGACUCCUCUGGAGAAGGAUACUUCUCUGUCAACCCCUGUAGCAGCACCAGAAAAAUCUGCACCUAUUGAAUCUCCCUCCCCAUUUGCUAUGGAGCAUCUUGAAUUUCUGGAGAACAGAAAGAAACAAUACUUAAGGGCUGCAAUCCAAGCAAAGAAGAAAAAUGAUCUUGAAAAAGCCAAGAUGUAUCUGAGAACAGCCAAGAGCUUGGACCAAAAGAUUGAUCUGGCAAAAAAUGGCAAGUUGGUCGACAUUUCCAAGCUGCCUUCACCUCCCACAGAUGAUGAGGGUGAUUUUAUCUUCAUACAUCAUGAAGAUGUCAGACUCUCUGAGAAAGCAGAAGAAGUGUACGUUCAGCUUAUCAAGCUGCUGAAAGACCAGCAUGAGAAAUGUUUGCAGUAUUCCAAGCAGUUCACGCAUCUAGGAAAUGUAACUGAAACUUCUCGGUUUGAAAAGCUGGCUCAGAACUGUAAAAAAGAUGUGGACAUCUUACAGCUUGCGCAGGCCCAGGGGCUAGAUCCCCCAAGCCAUCACUUUGAAGAAAGGACCUUUAAAAUUGUAAGGAUAUUUUCUGAACUCACUAGCACAGAAAUGCAUCUCAUCAUUGUCCGAGGAAUAAAUCUUCCUGCUCCACCAGGAGUGGCGUCAAAUGAUUUGGAUGCAUUUGUGAAAUUUGAAUUCCAUUACCCUAACACAGAGCAAGCUCAGAAAAGUAAAACCUCCGUGAUUAAAAAUACCAACUGUCCAGAAUAUGAUCAGCUGUUCAAGUUAAACAUUAACCGAAAUCACAGAGGUUUCCGAAGAGCAAUUCAGGCCAAAGGAAUUAAAUUUGAAAUUUUCCACAAAGGGUUCUUAUUCAGGAGUGAUAAGCAAGUAGGAACAGCACAUUUGAAACUGGACAAAUUGGAAUCUGAGUGUGAAAUUAGAGAAAUCAUUGAGGUUUUGGAUGGAAGGAAGCCGACUGGAGGGAAACUAGAAGUGAAAGUGAGACUCAGGGAGCCCCUUAGCGGGCAAGAUCUACAGACAAUUACAGAAAACUGGCUAAUCCUUGAACAUUAGUUCCUUUGAAGAUCCAAGAAUGCUAAAAGCUGCAGAAUGGAUUUUACACAGAGCUUCUGCAAGCACCAAAGAUGUUCAACAAAUGCACUGCUGAACAUAACAUCUUUAUUUUCAUAACUAUCAUAUAGUAUGAGUUCGUAAGCUUUGUAAGUCUACUACUGAGAGGAGGAGGUUCUUGAUUUAUUUGUGAAGAGAGACUGACCUGCCUUAAGACUUGAGACUAAUAUUGCUGAUACAACAUGAAUGUUGCCCAAAUGCUGAAUUGGGCAAAGGAAGGGUAUGUUUUCAGGGGUGGGUGAAGGUUUUUUUAAAAUGGGUGAGCACUAUGCUAAGAGUUGUUGUAACAGUGGAAGUUUAUCAUGUAAACUUGCAAAUAAGAUCUUAUGUUCCCAAGCCUGGAAUAAAGUUUAAUCUAAUGGA